UGCCGCUGAAUGAAAUGACAGAGAGUAGCCGAUGCAGCGCAGAUGAAGGGUAGCCACAACGAUGGGUUCCUGCUUACCCAACACAAAAGAGGGGUAAAAGUGAAUGAAAGUCGAAUUCUCCAAGUCUUUCACUGGACCUUAUCUUUCUCAGGCGCUCGUGUCACGUGGAUUUUUUGUCUGGACUGAGGAAGCGCGGUUCGCAAACACCUGAAUGCGUCACAGACGGGAACGACCCUCUUUUAAGAUCUGGAGGACUUUGGGUGUCCGCUGUGUCCCAAGAGCGCAGAGAGACGGACAGUUCGGUCUUGAUACUUAAAGGCGUGAAUAAAAGGGACACGAUAUUGACAAUGACAGUGUAUGGAUAGUCUCUCCCGUUCGCCGUCUCUCUCUCUCCCUCACACACACACACACACACACACACACAGACAUACAUACAGCUGCAGAGAGACAAGAGGCAAGUCGCAACUUCAGAGCAAUUUACCUGUGGCGGUCUACACGAGCUGCUCUGAGGAUAUCUGACCCUGAAACAGAAGACACAAAGAUAAUUUGCCAUCGGCGAGGACGCAGAAGACAUUUCGGGGAAACCUGUCAUUACAUCGCGGCGAGGUCUGACGCCAGUUGACUUUCAAGUAAAUGCGAUUUAGCAAAACGAACUGCGUUACCGGGAUCACGGUCACUUCAGGUAUAAACGAUGGACUUGUGCGUGCGUGCGCGUGCGACACCAAACAGUUAAGUAGCUGAUGCUGCACACAUGGUUCCCGUGUGAGCACAGCUGACUGUUAGCGAAAGACACAAAGUAAGCCGCUUCUUCUUGUGAAUCCCCAGAUAGCCCUCAUUCGCACCGACGUCCCGUUUCGCACAGCCUCACGGGCUCCAUGAAGGAUGCGCGUGCGCUCAAGCACACGCGCUUGAUGAGGCGGCCGGCGCUAUCAUGCGUGUGUUGGCCGAGGCCAGCGUUCAGUGCCUGCGGCUCGCCUUCCUGCUGAUGGUGGCGGCGGGCGCGGCGCCCUCUCCGGCUCUGAGCGCCGGCUGCCCGGAACGCUGCGUGUGUGACGAGCAGCUGGUGGUGCAGUGCGCCGGACAGAGGCUGAGCGUCUUCCCCGUGGACCUGCCGCUUGCCACGCGCCAGCUCAUCCUGAGCGACAACCGCAUCGGCGAGUUGCCGCCGCUGCAACUUAACUACCUGUCCGACCUGGUGUACUUGGACUGCAGCAACAACUCUCUGACCGAGAUCUCAGAGUCGACGUUCGGCAACCUGCGCAAGCUCGCCUACUUGGACCUGUCGUUCAACGCACUGGCGCGCGUCGAGGACCGCACAUUCGGCGCGCUCGCCAGCCUUGUUAUGUUACGCCUCACAGACAACCCGGGUCUGUCCGAAAUCCAUGCGGACGCAUUCGCUGAGAACAGCGCGCUGCAGGUCCUCGACGUGAGCCGCAACAACUUGACCACGCUCAACGUGAGCACGCUGGUGGCGCUUCCCGCUUUGCGCGCUCUCGGCCUCAGCGGAAACCCAUGGCGCUGCGACUGCGACACUGAGGACCUCUGCCUGUGGGUACACAUCGAGGGCUUCAAGUUUCAAGAUGAAGGUCAAACAGUGUGCCAGAGUCCGGCGGAGCUGCGAGGCCGUCGCCUGGCUGAGGUGGGCAUGCAACUGCGCUCUGAAUGCCAUCAGGGUCUGGGCUACUGGGACUACCUGUUCUUCAUUGCUAUUGGCUUCGUCAUCUUCUCAGCAGGCACCGUUUCCGCCUGGGUGAUGGGUGUGCUCAUGGUGCUCUACGAGCGCUACAGCAAGAGGAAGAGCGAGGAGCUGGACGGCGAGGACAGUGAGAACGUGCCCAUACGCAACGCCGGGAGUAGCCAUGGCAACGGGGACUUGAGCAAGCCCAGCAUGCAGGUGUGAUCAAGGGGGGUUGGACGAGGAUGACACUGAUCACCGCUACCCCCCAUGACACAUAACAGGAGGACGAAUAAGUGGGGCAGUGGAAAGGAUACUGACCACUAAUUAACCAGAUGGAGUAUGGCAUUUUUAAUGAUUAAGGUGACUUGAGUGCACUCUGUGAAUGUGUCAGAGUAGGUGUUUCGGUGAGAGGAAGGAAGAGAAAAAGCCACAAAGAGUGCAUUUUUCCCUUUCAUUUUGGGUUCCAAAUAGUUUUAAAGAGUCUUUGGAUCUGUUGGCUUGUAUCUAGUAAUAACAGACUUAAACCUGGACACUGUGUGCAUGUGUGCAUAUAAAUAUGAUCACAGAGCUGUUAGGAGCUUGAACCAGUCCCAGCCUGGCUGAAAAGAGCAAACUCAGGCAGAGUGAAACAUGAGAAUGAGACCUAGUCCCCACUUACACUGUUUCUUGGUUGCUGUUUGAGGGUUUUUACCAGCAUUUUCCAUCCAUUUCCAAAAAAAAUUAUCAUUUCAGAAAUGAAAUAUGAAAGCAUGAUGGACAUGCACACAUGAUAGGUUUCUGGCCAGUGACCUUUACAUCAUUUCCAACAUGUUCAUUUGUUCUGACAUGAACGCCCCAGCAUCGCUUGUAUACGAUACAAAGCAUUCGAACAUGAAAUUCAAUUACCUAAUACAAAAAAAAUAUCUUGGAAUUGUGGACAUCAUGUGGCAAUCACACAUCAGCGCACUCCCGGUGGUAAAAAUGUUGUUUUCAGAAAAGAUGAAUCUUGAAAUUGAUCAAUGUUUGUGCGGACUAGGCCUGAGAAAGAGAGGGGCACGGUAUAUACAGGUCGCUGAUCUCUGACAUCUGGACUGAGUUAAUGACACGUUAAUAAUGCUCUUAUACAUUCACUCGCUCCUACACACUUGCUUGCUUAGAGAGUGAUUUAAUGAGAUGGGAUGGAGUGAAUCACAGGGCAGGCUGACUGUCCCUCUGUCAGGUCAAUGAGUCGAGGGAGGGAAUGAAGGCUGAUAUGAAUGACUCAUCUAGAACUGAACAGAGGAAAAAAAGGAGUAGUGCGUGCACUAGAUAAUCUGUAAAGCUAGCUUGUCAGAGAUGGGGGGGUGUUGGUGGAUUAUACCCAGAGGGGCAGGGUUUGUGGGGUGGGGGGGUUUGGGUUUGAUCAGUCAGCUGAUUGUUUGAUCGGUCAGGACACACUAAGCCUGUAAGUUUGUAUGCACUAUACCCCUAAGCCUUACACACAGUGAAACCAGUGCAGCCUGACAUACCUGCAUAGGUGACCCUGAUGGCAAUAGCGUGUGUGUGUGUGUGUGUGUGUGUGUGUGUGUGUGCAUGCACUAAAAGAUGAGAGAAUUACGAAACCACGUCAGCAUGCUGUGGCUUUGGCAAGACUCAGCCUUAAGCUAUGUUCACAAUACCUAUUUUACAGUCAAGUGCAGAUGUUUGUUUUCAAACUUCGGAGAAAAUAAAUGAGGAAAAAAUACAUUUAAUCUUCAUGAAUGUUCCCAGUGGCACAGCAGUGCAGAAGGAAGCUCCCAGUUUGAUCCUGAGCUCAGGUUACAGUCUGUGUGGAGUUCCUCAUUCCAGGGGGCUCUACUGCUGCAUUCGACUAAAGGUCAUACCACGUAAGUCGGAAAAACCAAAGAAACACGUCCCCUCAUCUCCAGAACACUGGACAGCCUCCUCAAUCCUGAGUUCAGCAAAUGACUUUAAAUCAACACGGCUGUUCACAGCAUGAGCUGUAAUAAUAGAGCAGCAUCAAGCAUCCAGACAGAUUAGCUUCUUAAAUCUAUAACACUGAUUGUCCAGUUCUCUGUUUUAAGGAGGUCAAUAUACAUAACUCGUCACAGUUAGCUGGCUAACUCAGAGAGAGAGAGAGAGAGAGAGAGAGAGAGAGAAAGAGAGAGAGAGAAUCCAGUCACAUAGAGGCAUCCAUGUUUUUCUUUCCACUUUGUAACUCACGUAGGUCAAAAGUAAUUGACCUAUUCAGUAAAAAAUGCCUUCCACUUCUGAGGUAAAUUACAAGCGGUGUUUAAUCACCCUGAGCUUUAAAUGAACAUCUUAAUGUGUGUGUCCAUUUUGCUCUAAGAAGGACUACUGCAUCAAACAGGGUGAAUGAAUGAAUGAAUGAAUGAAUGAAACCUCACUCCACAACCUUCAUAUGUCUCAUUUGAACAAAUUUCAUGCCAUGCACCGCCUUCUCCAAAUAAUCUAGAGACAGAAAGGGUCAUGGCAAUACUUUCUGUUUCCCCCCCCCUGUGGUCCAGAAUGUUGUCUUUUGCAGGAUAAACCUGCAUAUCAAUUGUUAGAAUUCUGUUCACUUGUAGACAAUUGUAAAAUAGUUUUAUAGAUUUAUAUUUUUCGUAUUUACAUUCAAGAUCCAUGAGUGUUGCAGAAUUUAACACUCAGCUGUACCUUCACCCCAGUGACUGCAAUGUUUCUCUCAACUCCAAGCUGCAUUUAUUUCUCACUCAGCGGUGUUUAGUGUGCAAAAAUGGAAGGAAAUUAUACACUCUGCUGAAUUUUCCUACAAUAUUAAAAUACCUUAUGACAUUAAAUACGAGUUAUAUAGUUAUUAUGUAUAGAAAUUAUACCUCGACUGUGUAAGACUAAGACAAAGAUGCAUUUCUAUGUAAAAUACCUGCUGGUGGUUUUGGAGGAAAGAACAUGUAGUUUGAACAGAGAACCUUCUCUGACCCUCAUGGGCAGUGAUAAAGCCUCCAACCAUGUAUGUCCACUUCAUUCUCUCCUUUUAUCCUCUCUUCCUCCUGCUUGGAAAGAAAGCGUGGGAGCGCGGUUGUCAUUGUGAGGCCCUGUUUGUUUCCGAGCUGCUAAAUCUGUCUGCGAUGGCUUUAAGAGCUUAGCUCCAUGUGCCAUUUUGGGCCUGAGCUUCUCUUUAACAGAUAUCUGUUUUGGCAUAGUUUUAUGAUCCCUUCUUUCCAUAACGUACCUUAAUUUAUCCCCACCGUCCUUUAAGCCGGCUCCCCUCACCCCCACCCCACACCCCUUUCCCCUAGCUCCCACCUGUUACCUCAUAUCCAGCUUCACUUCUCUUGGGGUCAGACAAUGAGUGUGUACAAGAUUGAGGGCUUUGUUAAGCACUGACAUCCCAUAUCUCUUUUUGUCACUAGUGCAGACUUGUCAUCACAUCAUCUAUCUCUCUCUCUCUCUCUCUCUCUCUCUCUCUCUCUCUUUCUCUUCUUCUCAUCUUCGUCUGACUGGGGAGAGUUUCAGGUUUCAGGUCUCAAACAAGUUUAGUGACAGCAACCGUAUUGGGGUUCUGAGCACGCUCAGAAGCGUUAACACCUCUCAGGAGAGACGGUGUAAUAAAACCAAAAGCUGAAGGAGAGGAGAGGUGAUGAGUAUUUGAGUGUGUACAGAUGUGCUUGUGUGCAAAGGAAGUGUUGGGAUACUGAUGUAUGUAGUGACAUAUGAUAUUACAAAAGCACAUAGACAGGACAUGAUGUGAUUUACAGGAUGGGCAUGUGUGUGUGUGUGUGUGUGUGUGUGUGUGUGUGUGUGUGUGUGGCUACUGGCUACUUUGACCUCUAAAAGUCAGCAUCCAUGUCCAUCUCCUUGCCCUUUUAAAAGCACACACACACAGAGAAAUGGGGUUAGGACAAUCCUACUCUUCUAUGAAUAUGAAUGUGUAGUUGUCUAGCCGACAGAGCAGAGGACAUUAUAUGUUUGAUCAGGUUUAAAACAACAGCAGACUGCUGAAGCCGAACGUUUCUGAUAAUUUCCUUUUUGUACUUCAGCCAAAUGUUUGCCAGCUACACAGGAAUGUGUGAGAGAGAGUGAGAGUGUGUGCGUAGUUGGAAGAGCGAAACCAUGACUGAUAACGCAGAAAGGGUGGCCUGUGUCAGAGAAAUCACACACACACCACAUACACACACACACACUGCAGUGAGAGAACCGAUGUGAGGUUUGAGUUUAUACAUAUACAUCGUGUUUGGUGUCCCACAUCCUGACACACCUGAGCCACAUAACUGACAUCUUGACUUCAUUAUCUGGCGUAAGUGUGUUUGGAGCUGAAACUGAAUUAAAAUGUUUUAGGUGGGGGGUGGGGGUGGGGUUACCCAAGGACAAGAUCGAGAUGCUCUAAGUUAGUACACUGACAGUGCUGAUUUAAUUAGCUGUCUGUGGAGUGAAGUUUAUCAUUCUCCUUUAUACCAUGCAUAUGCAGUAAUGCUGCAUUAAACAUUAGUCCUGAGGAAUUCUUAUUCUCCUCUCCUCUCCUCUCCUCUCCUCUCCUCUCCUCUCCUCUCCUCUCCUCUCCUCUCCUCUCCUCUCCUCUCCUCUCCUUUCUUUUCUCUCCUCUCCUCUCCUCUCCUCUAAUAUUUGCUUUUCUCUUUUCUUCUCCCCUCUCCUCUCCUCUCCUCUCCUCUCCCCUCCUCUCCACUUUUCUUUUCUCUUCUCUCCUCUUUUUCCUUCUCUUCUCUUCUCUUCUCUUCUCUUCUCUUCUCUUCUCUUCUCUUCUCUUCUCUUCUCUUCUCUUCUCUUCUCUUCUCUUCUCUUCUCUUCUCUUCCCUUCCCUUCCCUUCCCUUCCCUUCCCUUCCCUUCCAUGCAGCUGCACUUCCCUUCCCUUCCAUGCAGUCUACGGUCCUGAAUUAACACAGGCAGUAUUAAAUUUACAUCUACAGCUGCUUACAAAUUAAAAAGUAAGAGUGUACAGGGAUUUUGCCUGCUCCCUUCUCUCUUCCACCCCCUUCUCUCACACUCAUUCUCUUGUGCGCUUCUCUGUAACCCUCCCUUUCUUGCUAUUUCCUCUCUUUACUCCCUUUUUAUUCUGCAUUGCUGGAGUUUGUGAGAAAGGAUAAGGCACUGGCAUGAUGCAUUGCGUUGAAAUACACCACAUUGUUAUUGUGUGUAAUUACGGGCCAAGUGCAAAACUCCUUUGAAUUAUUAAAGGCCCACAUCUUUCAAAUGCCGGAUGUGACAAUUGAUUCAAGACACUAUUAGUGCUCUGUAUUGAACAGAAACCAACAGCAAGAGAGAAAGGACAGUCCUGAGGAUCAGCGGGAUGUUUAGAAAAGUUAGUUUCUUUCCAUCGCGCAUCACACACGUUUUUCUCAUUGCUCUGCUUGUCUGCAGUUGAUGGGGCUGGGAGGAGAGGAGAUGUGUGCUGCAGAGAGGAAGCACAAAGCCCAGAUGUACACAUUUAGACUAACACACACACACAACACACACACACACACACACACACACGGAGCUACAUAAUGGCACUUUCUUGUCAUACAUUAAUUAACGAUUACUGAUUUCUCUCAUGCCUCUUUUGCCCGCUCCCUCUUACUCUCUCGCAUGAGUUCAGAAUGCUGCAGUCUUGAAUCUGAAUCUAAAAUAAAUCGGAAGACUUUGUCAUGCCAAAGCUACAGAUUCUUGCUGCUCACUGAGAAUAACUCACACCAGAGUCUCUGCUGCAGCUGGAUUUCAGCCUUUUAACCUACACAAAAGCAAUAUACUAUUAGAAUAUGGAAUUUAAAAGAAAAUUGAUUUCUAUCUGUCCAAAAAAAAUGUGGAACUGACCUAGACGUGAGAGGAGAGACGAGGCAGAGUGAGUAUGCAGGAUGUCCUGUCGAUGAAAGCAUGUUUGUGUCUUUAUGAGCCGUGUUUCUUCUUACACAUGACCAAAAUAGAGGAGGAGGCUAAAGUGCACAGAUCUGUAACAUGUCCAUGACUGCACUGCACCUUACACUAGUCUGCAUUCUACACACACACACACACACAACCUAUAGGGAUAUCAACUGCAAAAGUACAUUAUGGGUGUUCUUUAUAUUGUAUUAUGUAUUACUAUAGGAGACUAACUAUCUGCAGUGCAUUGUGAGGUUUCAGCAGGACAAACAUAUACUAAAUGUAAUAGUAAGCCUCUGUAACUAGUGCACUAUAUAGUAAAGUGGGUAUAUUUUCAGACAUGCAGAUAGAAUUGUUAUCGCCACAGACAUCCAGAGGGAGAGAGAGAGAGAGAGAGAAAGAGAGAGAGAGAGAGAGAGAAUAAUAAAAAUCCAUGGUUACUUAUUUUCCACUUUACUGGGGUACAAAAUGAAAUCAGUCCUUCAGAAAUAACUGCACUUUUUGCCCCAUUGUGCAUCCGCAUGAUUCCGGCUGUGUGCCACUGCUCAGUAGGAAUUUGGUGUGUGUCUCUGAGACAGCUGUAUGCUCGUUACGUAAGAGGUGACACACAGAAUCACACAGGGGCCCUGACCUAUUUAUGGGCCCCGAACCCUGUAGCAAUGCUGCUCCUACACACAGACACACACAUUUUAGUUGUACUACGGCUUUUUUCUUUUUUUUGUAACACAGGGAUAUGUGAUGAUGUGUAUCGCCUCUGGUUGAUCAGGAGAUUUGUGGCUUUGUGUUUUACUACAAUUUGUAUAGGUUCACUUCACCGGCACAUGUAUAGUACCGGUCAUAAGUUUGGACACACCUGACUGAAUGUAUAAUAUUUACAGGCAGCAUCGACUCACUUGAGAUGCUUCUGCUGAGUUUUCUUUGUUUUUCCUUUUCUAUUUUUUAUUUUUAUUUUUUACGCUCUUCACUCGUCCUUUAAAGGUUAGUUGGAUAGCUUCCACUACUCCUUUCAGACUUCGCGUCUUCCAUUGAAAAAUGUUUUUUCUGAUCGUUAUUUAAUUACUUCAGGCAAUCAUUAAAUGGAUGCUUUGGACUUCAGCUGCAUAUUGUUUUCAUUGAGAGCCCAUUAAAAGAGAAAUGAAAGUCAAUUAAAUAAGUGCGCAUGUUUAGGCUGAUAUUAAUACAAUAAGCUUUACUUCCCAUGCAUGUCACAGUAUACUGACUAUAGAUGGGCCAAGGAUAUAAUCCUGCUUGAAACACACCAUGGUAGUAGUCAUGUUGUGGAUGCAAGAAUUUUAGCACAGGGAAAUGAAUACUGUCCAAAUAAGGCUUUUCAUCAUUUUAAAUGAAAGGUUUCCUCUGUUUCUGAGAGAUAUAUUCAUUAUUUUAAGAAGUUGGUAAUCUAAGAAUUUAAAAAAAAAAUAUUUUAAAAGCUUUCAAAAAACUGAUCUGUCCCCGAUUUUGUUUAUUUUUUAUUUUUGCAAGCUUCAUGAGGACUGUAGUGCAUAUAAUGCAUCUCUGGCAGCUCUCUCAUGAAAAGCUACGUCGGCAAAAUACCAAGAGUACUGGCAGAUACCAAAUCUUUAAUCUUUAAAGCUCUGAAGCACCAGAACUAUAACUAUAAACUAUAUUUGACACAUUUUUUGGCCCUGCAUGAUUCCAAACAUGUUAUUUCAUAAUUAUGAUUCAUAUCAAUAGCGUAUGAAAUAGUGUUGAAUGAAAUAAGGCUCUAAAGUAGGUGUGUUUAAACUUAGGUCUUGUACUGAAAUAAUAUACAUAAGAUGGUUGGCCAUGCUCAGACAUGAGUACACUUUCUCACCAGCCUUUAAUUUUUAGGUGGUUUUCACACUGGUCAUGUUUUCCGUGGCCCAAAUCUGACUCACUUGAUUCUAUCGAACCCCAGUGCAUUUGUGUUUAUCUUACAUCAUCACAAAUGCGUGUGGAGAACACAACCAUAUAUAGAAUUUUUUAUUAUUUUGGUGCUAUUAUGUGCUGUCAGGCUCCUCAACUCUUCUGUGUCCUACAAAGCUUUCCUGCCACUCAUGCUACAUGUACGUCAUCAUCAUCUAAAACACACUGAGACCUGAGUACGAGUCAUGUUCACAUUCACAGGAGCACAGUUCCAGUGCAACCGAACCCACACCACAUCCAACAGGUAGUCUCGGGUUCGGUACUUCUUCUCUGCAGUUCCUGCUCCACAUAACCGAGUUAAGUUUCCCUUGAACUGUGUUCUUUCCAGCCUAAACUGCCAGUGUGAAAACCCCUUAGUCAUCUUAAAUACACCUACCUGUUGGACAUGCAAGCUACAAACCCAUUUAUCUCUUCCAGAAUUAGCACACAUGUGCACUGUACUCCUGUCUCACACAAACCCCUUUCUUUCUGUAUGCGUGAAUGGAAAGAGGAGGCUGGAGACCCAAGCUGGGCGCUCGUCAACUGAUUAAGCUUCUUUUAUACAGGGAGCUCUGUCUAACUAAAGAAAACACUGUAACUUAUAUUAAGUACCAUAUCUAUAUUUUAUUAUGGUAGAAGUACUGUAUAAUGUUUAUGGAUUAUUUCAGGGUGGGAGGUGGAAGGUUUGGGGUUCACUUUGAUUUGAAUAUGAGUUGCUCUGAUAUGGCAGCACUAAAUGACGGUGAGGUGAGGAAAUGGAAAAGCCGAACGUUCUCUCGCGGCUGUGCCACAGAGGGAACGGGUGAAUGAACGAAGUGAGCUGGUGUUUGUGUGCAACUGUGUCAUCAUGUCAGAAAUUUGGAGUGUGUUCGUGACUGCGUGUGGUGCUCACUUGUCCACACAUUCGGCACAGCAAAGUGCCAACUCUGUUCUCAUUCCCAAUAAUAAAAGUCAUCA